AUGCAUUUCGAUGACUUCUAUUCCUCCAACUUUGACCCACAAGUUUGGCCUGAAGGGCUGGUCAAUGUUAGGCUUGUUGUGCUCAGAGACAGGCAGUCAGGUAGAAUCAAGCUCCUACAUAUAAACAUCAUGCAUUUUAAGGACAACAGCAGCCUCAUACUGUUCAUAAACUUUACCCAUGCUGUUGGCAAUUUGGUAUUCUAUAGGACAUUUAGCAAAGCCUGGGCUGAAGAGAUGCAUGCCAUGGAAACUGGAGAGCUGACUGCUAAGACACCAUUUCUCUUUGACUGUGCAGUUAUGCAACAAUCACUACCUACUGAGCACAUACCACUAAGCAGUAUGAAAAAGGUAUUCCUGACACAGCCAAAUUCUGAGGCAGAAAAGCUCACAUGCCUCCAGCCACAUGAGUGCCACUUACUGAUUCUGGAGAAAAUGUGCCAGAAUGAUAGGUGUCAGCAUAGCUUAUUCAGAAUCAGAAUGGAGAAGUUUAACGAGUUUUCUCAGAAAGUGAACUGCUUUGCACCUAGUGGUAUGCAUUUUUCAGCCAACAAUAUUUUGGUAUCACUUAUUGCAAAGAUAUAUGCACAGGCAUACAAGGCUGUCACUGCAACUUCUGAGCUAGAUCACAACAGAUAG